AUAGUCUUUGACUGCGAGACGGCGGUAAUCUUGACGAUGAAGAAAGUGUCGCAGAGUUAUUUUGAUGAGACAGUGAAGUCAAAUAUGGAAUUGUUCGACCUCUCAGUAGAUGAAGCUAUAGCAGAAUCCGUUCAGACGUUUGCAUUAGAGGGUGUAGAUCUCUCCGAUAUAGUGAAGGAUAUGAUCAAGUAUGAAGACGGCCAUCCGAGUGCCCUAGCUAUCAAAAGACUUCAAAGGUUUUUAGAGGUUGAACAUGAAACUUCCGAGUUGCUGGAAGCUUUGCAAUCCUUACAGCUACCAGGGAACUCCGACUUUGCUGUCCGCAAAUUGUUAAUCGAUAUGAAUUCUGUAGAUAUCUUACUAAACCUUUUUGAUCUGUAUACCCCAGUUGGAGACUAUUGUCUAUGUACUUUACUGUUGAAUGUGUUGUCCAGAAUAAUUAAAGGCCAUUCCGAAUCCGUUAGUGAAAAACAUAUCCAAAAGUUAAUAAAUUCACUCUCCAAAUUAAUUAAUGAAUUGAAAGAAAACCCAUCUACCGAUUUAAAAUUCAGUUUGAUUGCUGCAAUCUAUUCAGUGUUACACCUUAGUUGCACGAAAAAUGAAAGGAAUAGGACUUUUAUUUUCCAAACUCAAACUGUUGCUCAUACCAUAAAUUUUUUCAUGAGAAUCACGGAAUUGUUUGACGAUCUCCCUUUUAAUACUUUCUAUCCUGCAUUAAAAGAAGGAUGCGGAUUCUUACGAUCACUAACCCUCGAUGAUGAUUUAGACGUUGAAUUCGGUCUAGGAAGUGAAAAUGCUCGUACCAUAGCUAAAAGUGACUUGUGUUUGGAAGUAUUUGUCAAGUUAAUAUCAAAGAUUUUGAACUCCUCAAAUGUCAGUGGAAUUUCUGACCUAUUUCAGACAUUAUCAACUAUAAUUACUCGCGAGGAGUUGUGCACAAAAUUUGCAUCAUUUAACGGCAUCGAUAUACUAAUGCAAACUAUCUAUUCGAAUAUGAAGUCAACUGUUAUUAUUUCGUCUUCAUUGAUCCUUUUACAAGCACUAUGUGGUUCAGAUGCUUGUAAACUCUCUGUUAGCAAUUGGUCAAUCCAUAGUAUUUCCGGACCUCAGCUUAUUGUAGAUCUAUUUGAAGACCAUAUAAAAAGUCCUGUUGUUACAAAAUAUAUCUCAGGUGUAAUUGCUGCGCUUACUCUUCGACAACCUAAUAUUGCAAAAUCGUUUGUUACAUCAGGUGCAUCAAAUUAUCUCACCAAGUUAAGUUGAAUAAAAUUUGAAAAAUAAAGUAUAAAUCUAAUAAUAAUUUAAGCGUUACACGAACAAAAACACUGAAUAGCUUGGAUCUCAUACAUUUCUGUUUGGAUUGUCAACAUUUUUAAGCUUAAUUUGGUUCGUCUGUCCACAUUUUUUAUACAUUCAAUAACCUUGCUGGUAUGAUACUCAUGCAAUACUUUGAAAUUUUAAUUUUAUUGAUAUUAAUUCUGAACUUAUUUGUUCAGUUAUAACAUUUACCAGUAAAGAUCGUAAGUACAUGUACUCCAUAUUCAUAAUCACUGUCUGCAUCAGUGACAUUUGUUACAGAAGUACGUGGGACUGAGAAAUAAUCUAAUUAGUUUGGUUUAUCAACGAGUAAAGACCGAAGGUCUAAACUCUUAAGCCCACUAGUUGUUUCGCUAAUUGAAGUGAUGCGAAUCAAAUGUCAAUUCAUUCCUCAUCUCUAAUAAUGUUGAAAAUAUUACCAUCAUAUCCUUUGUUCGUUCCCUUUCACGUUCCUUUUAGUGUUUUAACACAGUUCGAUGGUGUAUAGGAAUGUGAACUAAUACUCUAUCCUACCGAUUUUUACGUUACUUUGAUCAGUCAUCAAUAUUAACGUUAUAAAUAAAUACUGUUCAACGUGGUAGGUGACACUUAGCGAAUCAUAGCGUACUACCAAAAUGUGAUACUGAAUGGAAUAAGAAUAACCAAUGCACUUUAUAUGCAAGAAGUUACCGAAUAUUGCAUUGAGUCAUUUAAAAAUGUCUUAAAUGGAAGCCCUCUUUUAAAGAAUGGCAUAUAUUAUCUUUCUUUAUGCUAUCCCCCAACUACUUAGGAAUUUAAUCUACGUAAAUUAUUGCUUUCUGACUACUGACAUAUGCCCAUAUAAACAUGCGUUAUACAUAAUUUUUUCCACAAAUAUUUGUUCGAUCGUUAUUGCACUAAUCAUACUUACCGUGUGUUCGGUCCCUCUUUUCACUCCUCCGUCUUGCUCUCAUAACUGUGAGAACCUGCAGUGAUGUACGUGUAUAUUAUGAAUAGUGUUUCUUAGCUGUAGGAUUGAUUGUCUACGAAUCACCAGCGUAUAAACGUUAGCUCUUUAAUUUACUUGGAUUUAAUAUACAAAUUCCUUUCUUGAACUAUUACUAGAAAAUUUAAAAUGUAGUUCUGCUAACGUGUACUGAUUAUGUCGCAUUUGUUUUCACUCAUCCUCAGCCCUUCAUCUUUUAUUAUUGUUACAGUAUUUAGGUGCUUCUAAUAAACAAAGAUAUUUCAUAAGUAUCCACUCAAGCCUGUUGAAUUUUAGCGGGAUUGCUUUUCUCAAUAUUUCACAUCAAUAACAAUCACUUAUUUAUUUGUAAGUUUAUAUCUUAAAUUGUAUACUUAUGUACAAUUAUUUUCUGUUGUAGACGCUCGAGCUUCAUUUAUCCAAUCCUUCAACUGUUCGAGCUGCAUGUAGAGCUAUACGUAACUGUGUCUCACGGUCUCCAGAAUUACGGUCUUCGUUUCUGACAUCCGAUUCUGGUUCUGACACUGGUUUAGAAAAACUGCUCAAUUCUGCACUAAAAAUCCCAUCAUGUUGUGAUGAAGCUAAAGCAGCUCUUCGGGACUUAGACUGCAAGGUUGAGCUUCAGGAGCUUUGGAAUGGUCAUUUACAGUCUGGAUUACUAAAUAGCAGUUGACUUACAUGGCUUCACUGAGUACUGGAACUGAUCUUAACAAUCUGGCAUUGUAAAGUUUCUGACAUUCUGAUGCAUUCAGUAAACAUGACUGGUUGUGGUAUU